UACAUAUACAUGUAGGAAGAAGAUAUUGAUAGAGAUAUCAUACAAUAUGAUCAUACACUAUCAUAAUUAGGUCGUGAAGCUAUAUAUCUCCCCCAUGUGUUAUUCCAAUUUGUAUAAAAAUAAAAUUAAAAACAACAAUAAGUGUGGCCAAUUAGUACUAUCUAAAGUAAUUUAAGAUUUUGGAUUAAAAUUUAGAAACCUUUCUCUCUAUAAAAGCAGUAGCUAUCUCUCUGCCCACCACCACCUCAAAAUAUCAACUCUCUCUCACACUUUCAGAACUCUCCUUUUCUAUUUCUCUCUCUAGAAAAUAUCUUCAUCUAUUGAUUAGAUAUAGAGUAGAGUUAUCAAGAGUUACUUCGUAGAUAUGGAGAAAAGAGAAGGCAGUGGUACUGGUGGCUCGGGAUCAUCAGGAGAUGCAGAUGUGAGAAAAGGGCCAUGGACCAUGGAAGAAGAUUUGAUUCUCAUCAAUUAUAUUGCCAAUCAUGGUGAAGGUGUUUGGAACUCUCUCGCCAAAUCUGCAGGUCUAAAACGCACCGGAAAAAGUUGCCGGCUCCGGUGGCUGAACUACCUCCGACCAGAUGUGCGACGGGGAAAUAUCACAGCAGAAGAACAGCUCAUCAUCAUGGAACUUCAUGCCAAAUGGGGAAAUAGGUGGUCGAAAAUAGCAAAGCAUUUACCGGGAAGAACCGACAACGAGAUAAAGAAUUUUUGGAGGACCAAGAUCCAGAAAUACAUAAUCAAGAACGGAGAAACGACGACGACCGCUGGAUUGCAAAGCUCUGAGAUCAUGAACCAUCAUGUGACAAGUACAAGCAAAGUCUUGAAUGAUACUCUAGAAGAACCCAUGGAUUUGUACUCUCCAACGACGUCGUAUCAAUAUGCCAACAAUAUCGAUCAUCUUCAGCUUAGUUACGGCACUUAUGUGCCUGAGUCAGAUUCGAUCAUGAUGCCAUUAUCAAUUGAUCAAGACGUACAAAACUAUUGGAGCGUCGAUGAUCUUUGGCCCAUGCAUUUAUAUAAUGGUAAUUAAUUAAUAAUUAAGUAUUUAAAGGGUCCAAAACUAAGAGGGGUAUACAUAUUUUAUAUACAACUAUAUGAGUAACUAAACGUCGAUCCUUAAUAUAAAUUAAAGUUAUAAACAGAUAUUAAGUGUACUGUAUGUAUGGUUUUGCCUCAUUGUUUAGAGGUAGCUAGGUACUCAUCAAGAUAUUCGACGUUAUACCUAAAUAAAACUACGGAAUGGAUCAUAUACGUACGUAUUUUGAAAUCUGUUCAGUGCUAUAUUGUUGAUGUAUAAGAACACCCUUCAAUAUUAUGUUUUGUAUCAACAUACAACGUUUAUUUUUUACGCUCUCUGUGAUUUUUGUUCAAUUAAGUGAUGAAUAUAUAUAAUCGGGAGUUCAAUAUGUUACCG